AUGAAUAAGCCUGAGAAGAAACAACGCCAUGUUUUUGCAAAGGAAAUUUCGGAGCAAAAGGAGGAAAAGGGACUUAGAAAAUUAAGAGGAUUUAUUCUGGAGCUUCUGUCAUGUACGAACUGUAUGCAAACAUACAUAAUUACAAAGAAAAAGCUCUUUUCAAGUAGUUCCGCGCACUUUCUGGUUAUCUCUUCUUCCCUUUUCUCAUCGUUUCGUCUUGUCGUUUUGUAUGAUUCUUCUCUUCCCAGUCAAAAAGAAGCAAAGUUUUAA